AUGGCGACUCGCAACAGGCCGGGCAGUAAGAAGUGUGCUGUGAUCGGGGUUUCCGGCUUCCUCGGCCAUCAUCUAGUGGAGAAGCUCCUGGAGAAGGGAUACGCUGUGAAUGUGUAUGACAUCUGCCAGGGCUUCCACAAUAACCGGGUCACCUUCCUGGGGGACCUCUGCUGCAAAGAGGAUCUUCUUCCAGCACUGGAGGGGGUGACUCUUGUGUUACACUGUGCUUCUCCUGCUCCAUCCAGCGACAACAAAGAGCUGUUCUUCACAGUGAACUACAUAGGAACCAAGGUAGUCAUCCUGGCCUGCAAGGAGGCUGGAGUUCAGAAAGUGAUUCUGACGAGCAGCGCCAGCGUUGUGUUUGAAGGAACUGAUGUAAAGGAUGGCACUGAAGACUUGCCCUAUGCCAAGAAGCCUAUUGAUUACUACACAGAGACCAAAAUCCUGCAGGAGAAGGAGGUCCUGGGUGCAAAUAACCCUGAUGAGAAUUUCCUGACUGUAGCAAUUCGUCCUCAUGGGAUUUUCGGACCUAGAGACCCCCAGCUGGUUCCGAUUCUGGUAGAGACAACCCGAAAGGGCAAGAUGAAAUUCAUCAUUGGUGACGGGAAAAACCUGGUGGAUUUCACCUAUGUUGAAAACGUGGUACAUGGUCACAUCCUGGCAGCCGAGAGCCUUCACAAAAAUUCACCAGUCUGUGGAAAAGCCUACCACAUCACGAACGAUGAGCCCGUGCUGUUCUGGGAGUUCCUGUCCCGAGUGCUGGCGGGCCUGGACUAUGAGCCCUUGCGGUACCACCUGCCUUACCUGCUCGUAUACUACCUGGCUCUGCUGCUGUCCCUGCUGGCCCUGCUGCUGAAGCCCUUCAUUGCCUUCAAACCCACCUUCACCCCCAUGCGAGUUGCUCUGGCCGGCGCUCACCACUACUACAGCUGCAAGAGAGCUAAACAGGACAUGGGCUACAGGCCCCUGGUCAGCCUGGACCAGGCUAUUGAGAGAACAGUGCAGAGCUACCCCCAGCUGCGCCGGACUGAGUAACUGGAGAGCAGGGGCUUGUACACGCUCCAGUGCCCCAAAUCACCAGUGAGGUGUAUGUAAGGAACGAGGAGUGUUUUUUGUGAGGAUGUCCUCCUUACAGUGUCCUUAGGAAUAAUUUUCAGUCUGUUUGCACAAUGUUUUGACUACAUUC